GCGCCACACCACUAGCUGCGGCGGUAGGGUGUUUGUGGCUCCAGGUGUUCUUUCGCGAAAUGAAGAACCAACAGAUCCACAGCAGCACUUCCUUGAAGGCCCACAGCAGUGGUGCCUGUUCACAGUCCCAAGGUGGCUUCACCCAGUCCCAAGGCACUUUGUCUCAGCUUCACGACCUCUCCUCACAGUCUCAAGGCACAUCCACUUCCUCCGCCAGCACAGUACCCUCCUCCAGCCAGUCCUCUCAUUCCAGCUCUGGGACGCUGAGCUCUUUAGAGACAGUGUCCACUCAGGAACUCUGUUCUAUUCCUGAGGACCAAGAACCCGAGGAGCCCGGUCCUGUCCCGUGGGCUCGGUUAUGGUCCCUUCAGGAUGGAUUCUCCAAUCUAGACUGUGUUCACGACAACUACUGGUUUGGGAGGGAUAAAAGCUGUGAAUAUUGCUUUGAUGGACCGCUAUUGAGAAGGACCGAUAAGUAUCGGACGUACAGCAAGAAGCACUUUCGAAUUUUCAGGGAAAUGGGCCCUAAAAAUUCUUACAUUGUGUAUAUAGAAGAUCACAGCGGGAACGGAACCUUUGUAAAUACUGAGCUUAUAGGGAAAGGAAAACGCCUUCCUCUGAGUAACAACUCUGAGAUUGCACUUUCACUAUGUAGAAAUAAAGUUUUUGUGUUUUUUGAUCUGACUGUAGAUGAUCAGUCAGUUUAUCCUAAGGAAUUAAGAGACGAAUACAUCAUGUCAAAAACUCUUGGAAGUGGUGCUUGUGGGGAGGUGAAAAUGGCUUUUGAGAGGAGAACAUGUAAGAAAGUAGCCAUAAAGAUCAUCAGCAAGCGGAAGUUUGCUCUUGGCUCAUCGAGAGAAGCAGACACGGCUCCCAAUGUUGAAACUGAAAUAGAAAUUUUGAAAAAACUGAAUCAUCCAUGCAUCAUCCAGAUUAAAGACGUUUUUGAUGCAGAAGAUUAUUAUAUUGUUCUGGAGUUGAUGGAAGGAGGAGAGCUGUUUGACAGGGUGGUGGGGAACAAACGCCUGAAGGAAGCAACCUGCAAGCUGUAUUUCUACCAGAUGCUUUUAGCCGUACAGUACCUUCACGAAAAUGGGAUUAUACAUCGGGACUUAAAGCCAGAGAACGUUCUUCUGUCAUCUCAAGAAGAGGACUGCCUUAUCAAGAUCACUGAUUUUGGACAGUCCAAAAUUCUGGGGGAGACCUCUCUGAUGAGAACUUUAUGUGGUACGCCCACCUACCUGGCUCCUGAGGUCCUUCUCUCCAAUGGGACUGCUGGGUACAGCCGUGCUGUGGACUGCUGGAGCUUAGGAGUUAUUCUUUUCAUCUGCCUUAGUGGGUAUCCACCUUUCUCUGAGCAUAAGACUCAAGUGUCACUGAAGGAUCAGAUCACCAGUGGAAAAUACAACUUUAUUCCUGAAGUCUGGACAGAUGUUUCAGAGAACGCUCUGGACCUUGUCAAGAAACUGUUGGUUGUGGAUCCAAAGACUCGGUUUACCACUGAGGAAGCCUUGAGUCAUCCAUGGCUACAGGAUGAAUACAUGAAGAAAAAAUUUCAGGAUCUACUGCUGGCUCAGGAAAAGAAUUUGAUGGCCCUGCCCCUGACUCCCACACAGCCUUCUAGUCGAAAGCGGCCCCUGGAACGGGAAGUGGAGGACGCCGAGAGCACAAAGCGCCUGGCCGUGUGUGAUGCACUAGUUAGAAUGUAAAAGAAAUGUGUUUUCAG